AUGGGAUCCUGCUUGAGUUGUCUUUCAUCAAGACAUAGUGAUGGAAAGUAUGCUCCUCUCUUAUUAGCUGAAAACGAAAGGGAGGCGAUUUCUGCAUUAUUGCAAUAUUUGGAGAAUAGAUCUGACGUAGAUUUUUUCAGUAAUGGACCCUUAAGAGCAUUAAGUACGUUAGUAUAUUCGGAGAAUAUAGACUUACAAAGAAGCGCAGCUCUUGCUUUUGCAGAGAUUACUGAAAAAGACGUUCGGGAAGUAAACCGCGACGUAUUAGAACCUGUUUUAAUAUUAUUACAAAGUACAGAUUCUGAAGUACAGAGAGCGGCGUGUGGUGCCUUGGGAAACUUAGCCGUCAAUAAUGAGAAUAAAAUUUUAAUCGUUGAGAUGGGGGGGUUGGAGCCACUAAUCAGACAAAUGAUGUCAACGAAUAUCGAGGUGCAAUGCAAUGCAGUUGGCUGUAUAACAAAUUUGGCAACUCAAGAUGAUAAUAAAUCCAAGAUUGCAAAAAGUGGAGCAUUGAUUCCAUUGACAAAACUAGCAAAAUGUAAGGAUAUCAGAGUUCAAAGAAAUGCAACAGGUGCUCUUUUAAACAUGACACAUUCUGGUGAGAACAGACAAGAGCUAGUAAAUGCUGGUGCAGUUCCUGUUUUAGUCUCAUUACUAUCUAACGAAGAUGCUGAUGUUCAAUAUUACUGUACGACAGCUUUAUCCAAUAUAGCAGUUGACGAACUGAACAGAAAAAAAUUGGCUGCUACAGAACCUAAACUAAUCUCGCAAUUGGUCAACUUAAUGAGUUCUCCUUCUCCGCGAGUACAGUGUCAGGCCACAUUAGCUUUAAGGAACUUAGCUUCUGAUUCUGACUAUCAAGUUGAAAUUGUAAAAGCUAAUGGAUUGCCUCAUUUGGUUCAGUUGUUGACCUGUAAUCAUCAACCACUCGUACUUGCAGCUGUUGCUUGUAUUAGAAAUAUUUCAAUUCAUCCACAGAACGAGGCUCUAAUUAUAGAAGCUGGAUUUUUAAAGCCUUUGGUUGGUUUAUUAGAUUAUACUGAUUCAGAAGAGAUUCAAUGUCAUGCCGUGUCAACCCUAAGGAAUUUGGCAGCCUCCAGCGAAAAGAAUCGGGCGGCUUUACUUGCCGCGGGAGCAGUUGAUAAAUGUAAAGAAUUGGUGUUAAAGGUUCCCUUGUCUGUUCAGCUGGAGAUUUCCGCCUGCUUUGCGAUUUUGGCUUUAGCUGAUGACUUGAAACCUAAACUUUAUGAAAGCCACAUAAUAGAUGUUUUAAUACCAUUAACAUUUAGUGAGAAUGGUGAGGUUUGUGGUAAUUCAGCUGCUGCAUUAGCUAAUCUUUGUUCAAGAGUGUCAAGUGAGCACAAGCAAUAUAUUUUAAAUAAUUGGUCACAGCCAAAUGAUGGUAUUUAUGGAUUUUUAAUCAGAUUUCUACAAAGUGACAGCGCAACAUUCGAGCAUAUUGCAUUAUGGACCAUUUUACAGUUAUUGGAAUCUAACAAUAUUGAAAUUAAUUCUUUAAUCAAGGAGAAUGAAUCGAUCUUAUCUGGAAUUAAAAACUUAAGCGUUAGUCAACAACAGUUGCAAUCACAAUCACAAAUCAACCAACACAAUGGCGAUGACCAGUACGACGACCCUAAGGUUGAACUAUUUAAUUUGACACAGCAAAUUUUACAAAUCUUAGGUUAG